AUGGCUUUCAUGAUUUCCAGAGCUGAACCAGAGACCGAGAAGUCUGGCCUUAAUCACCUGGAGGACAAGGACCCUGCAACCGUUGGAGCCAUCUCAAGCGAGCUCCACUUGAAGCCCUCAUCGUCUUCUGAAGCAUCUUCUCAAACCCUCAACAAACAAGUUGUCCUCAAACGCAUUCGCCACCGCAAGUCCCUAAACAGAAUCAAAACUGCUUUUGAAGGCCUUUUGGGCGGCUCUGAAGGCAAUACAACCUCAACCCAAGAGCAGAAAUGGCUGCAACAAGAUGACGCUUUCUCUGCACCUUAA